GGGAUUCGUUUUUAACGGUAAUGAUUUACUGUUACUUGUAUGGAGGCUCUAUCAAUUUAGUCAUUCUGACUUCCGCUUUGGCCAUACUGAUCUGCUGCAAACAACUGAGGAGCUACCGUAACACUAUACACAUCAACCUCCUCGCUAGCUUUUUUCUAAGAUUUACCACCGAGGUAACCGUUGUAUCAGCAUUAAAGGCAGGCCUUGAAUUUCAGAAUGUGUUCUACAAAAUAGUCCGCUACAUCUUUAACUAUAUAUGGUUGGCCACCUUCAUGUGGAUGUUGGUUGAAGGACUCUACCUGCAUUUCAUUCUUGUCUUACGGCCCUUCCAGGACAGCAAGCCGCCAUUUUUACUUUUCUACUUCAUUGGCUGGGGUUUUCCAAUUUUGAUAAUUAUCUCUUGGUCGGUGUGUGUGCAUAUUGAUUCUAAAACUCACCCGAGCAACGGAUGUGAUUACGUUAUAACGGUUACCACGAUAAUUAGUUUGAUGAUCAGUCUAAUUAUUGUUAUAAACUUAAUCAGGAUCAUUUUUAUGAAAUUGUCUUCAAACAACAACACAGAAGCAAAAAAAAUAUGGCAGGUGUCCAAGUCGCUGACGAUUCUGAUGUUUUUGCUUGGCCCAAUACAUCUUGUGUUUGCUUAUCCGAUCAACAAUGAUCCUACUACAACGUUUAAUCGUGUUUACAAAAUUUAUAACAUUGCAGCCCCACAUGUUCAGGCUAUAAUCUGUGCCAUCUAUUCUGUAGCAAGUGGAAAGGUAAUACAAACCUUCACACGUCGAUGGUCACGGUUCAAAGACUUGCGGACGAUCAAAAGCUUAUCAUCGCGUAAGAGGUCGUCGAACGCCACCAUCUCAACACAAUUCAACAUCAGCCAGGCUAGGGACGAUUCAACGUUCGUACCACUAGAACAACUAGAACAGCUAGGGGCAAUAAUCGAGGUCACAGAACAAGGGGAGACUAACAGCUUUUUGUAAAGUUCACCUGCGAGGAGUUGUCUCGCUGUAACGCCAAGUGUUCGCCUUGUGUUACAGAACGAUUUGAAACAUUUAUCUGGCACGUAAUGGAAUUCUGAGAAAAAAAAUGUUGACUUUGUAUUUAAGACUUAAGAUACCAUUCCGUGUUUAAUUUGUUAUUGCAUAUACAGCGAGGUAGCGUAUGAAUUUCGCGAAAGUAAAGUUAAGCAAGAGCUGUUAGACGUCAAAAGUUAGGUGAGGUGGAGUGUGGAAUGUGUAUGGCAUUAUUGUUCAGAUGUUAUGGGUUCUGGUAUACAA